AUGUCAUCGGACUGUAGUAAAAGUUUAAUAAAAAAGAUCAACCACCUUUCACCCUCCUCCCUCUCUCCCUCCAGGCGAUUGGUCGAUACAGAGGAUGAGCUGAGCGAUAUCCAAUCAGAGUCUGUGCCUUCAGAGGUGCGUGAUUGGUUGGCAUCUACAUUCACCCGUCAGAUGGGUUUGAUGCGGCAGACCGAGGAGAAACCGCGCUUCAGGAGCAUCGUUCACGCUGUGCAGGCUGGUAUCUUCGUAGAGAGGUAAACAAUCACAGGAGGAAUUACACACACCUCUAGCUUCUCUGUCGUGUUUUAAUAAAGCCUCACCAGACCCUCUAUUGUCACACACGUCACCCUAUUCCCUACACAGUGCACUCCUUUUGACCACGUACCAUAGUAGUGCACUGUGGAUUAGGGUCCCAUAGCGCUCUGGUGGCUCUGGUCAAAAGGAGUGCACUGUGUAGGGAUUAGGGUCCCAUAGUGCUCUGGUGGCUCUGGUCAAAAGGAGUGCACUGUGUAGGGAUUAGGGUCCCAUAGUGCUCUGGUGGCUCUGGUCAAAAGGAGUGCACUGUGUAGGGAUUAGGGUCCCAUAGCGCUCUGGUGGCUCUGGUCAAAAGGAGUGCACUGUGUAGGGAUUAGGGUCCCAUAGCGCUCUGGUGGCUCUGGUCAAAAGGAGUGCACUGUGUAGGGAUUAGGGUCCCAUUUGGGAGGUAGACAGUGUUGUUGAAGGAUGUGUCUCUGCUGCUGCAGUUUCCAAAUCCAAUCUAACAACCAGUCACUGUUCAGACUGAUUCAGGGUGUACCGAGCUUUCAACCAUAUAUCAGCACUGUGUGUCCAUUCAUCCCAGCCCGACGAAGCUGGGUGAGAACCAUCACUCAGUACACACACACACACACGCACAUACACACACAUAGACAUACACACACGCACAUACACACACAUAUACAUACACACACGCACACACACGUCAUCAUGUUCAUAUAUACUAGAUGCAUUCCCAUUCUAAUACAUGUCAGGGUUCCCAAACCAGACUCACUGCAGCUGUGAUCUGUUCUUAUUAGUCGAAGACUAAAAACACUGAGGUUUAUUUGACCUUUACUUCCAGGAUGUACAGACGUAGUUCUAACCUGGUGGGACUCAGCUGCCCUCCUACUGUUAUAGCAGUACUGAAGGUAAAACACACACUCAGAAUAUGAAACACUAAGACAAAUAAACCGCUCUCUGUUCUCCUGUCUCCUCCCAACAACUUUCCCAUUAAUAUGUUGUUUCAUAUCUGUCCUGUCUCCUCCCAACAACUUUCCCAUUAAUAUGUUGUUUCAUAUCUGUCCUGUCUCCUCCCAACAACUUUCCCAUUAAUAUGUUGUUUCAUAUCUGUCCUGUCUCCUCCCAACAACUUUCCCAUUAAUAUGUUGUUUCAUAUCUGUCCUGUCUCCUCCCAACAACUUUCCAUUAAUAUGUUGUUUCAUAUCUGUCCUGUCUCCUCCCAACAACUUUCCCAUUAAUAUGUUGUUUCAUAUCUGUCCUGUCUCCUCCCAACAACUUUCCAUUAAUAUGUUGUUUCAUAUCUGUCCUGUCUCCUCCCAACAACUUUCCAUUAAUAUGUUGUUUCAUAUCUGUCCUGUCUCCUCCCAACAACUUUCCCAUUAAUAUGUUGUUUCAUAUCUGUCCUGUCUCCUCCCAACAACUUUCCAUUAAUAUGUUGUUUCAUAUCUGUCCUGUCUCCUCCCAACAACUUUCCAUGAAUAUGUUGUUUCAUAUCUGUCUGUCUUUCUAGCUGAAUGAGGCCAGAAGUUAGGGUUGGGGUCUCUCCUCCUGUUGUUAAUAUUGUGUCUUUAAUGUUUCCUGCAGCACGUUGAUAAGUGGUCGUUUGAUGUGUUUGCUCUGAACGAGGCCAGUGGAGACCACGCUCUCAAAUUCAUCUUCUACGAACUACUUAACAGAUACGACCUCAUCAGCAGAUUCAAGGUACAAUAGAUUGCCAGUUGCAGUAGCUGAGAUAAUAUACGUUCCCAUCAGUUUAUAAUGGCUCUGUUUUUCUGCUCUCUUCUCUUGCAUUGGACAGGCCUAAAUAAAACACAGUAUUUUUCACCCGUUCCUUUAUUCCCACAGAGCACCAGCAGUAUGUCAUUUCAUCUCUACUGUUUCUAAUUUGUGGUUGAUGGAACAGGAUUUCUUGUGUUGUAUGAAUGGAUGAAGUCUAUUAAUGAGUGAACUAUGUGGUAGAUUGUUGCUAUGUGGACGAUGAGAUUAGAGAGGUAUUGUAGUCUGGACAGACUCUCUCUCUGAAUGGACAUCUGGAUCCAUUGUUUUGAUGAAGUGUCCUUCAGAUGAGAAGGUGUGGAAACAGUCAGGAUAAUUCAAUAUGAUAUCACCGCUGUUUUGGAAUGGACAUGAAUGCCCAAUCAUAUCAAAUGUAUGUGUGUAUGUAUGUGUGUGUGUGUGUGUGUGUGUGUGUGUGUGUGUAUGUGUGUGUGUGUGUGUGUGUGUGUGUGUGUGUGUGUGUGUGUGUGUGUGUGUGUGUGUGUGUGUGUGUGUGUGUGUGUGUGUGUGUGUGUGUGUGUGUGUGCAUCUGUGUGCCUGUGUGUGUGUCUUCAGAUCCCCAUCUCAGCCGUGGUCUCGUUCGUAGAAGCUCUGGAGGAGGGCUACAGUAAACACAACAACCCUUACCAUAACCUGAUGCACGCUGCAGACGUUACUCAGACAGUACACCAUCUACUGCUGAAGACUGGCAUCAUGGUGAGACAUCCUCUAUGUUACUCAGACAGUACACCAUCUACUGCUGAAGACUGGCAUCAUGGUAAUCCGUCUGGCCCUGCGGCCUUGUGAGGCUCGCACACCAUGCUGUAGUCUCCUCAGGGUUAUAUAUUCCAUCCUGUAGUCUCCUCAGGGUUAUAUAUUCCAUCCUGUAGUCUCCUCAGGGUUAUAUAUUCCAUCCUGUAGUCUCCUCAGGGUUAUAUAUUCCAUCCUGUAGUCUCCUCAGGGUUAUAUAUUCCAUCCUGUAGUCUCCUCAGGGUUAUAUAUUCCAUCCUGUAGUCUCCUCAGGGUUAUAUAUUCCAUCCUGUAGUCUCCUCAGGGUUAUAUAUUCCAUCCAGUAGUCUCCUCAGGGUUAUAUAUUCCAUCCUGUAGUCUCCUCAGGGUUAUAUAUUCCAUCCUGUAGUCUCCUCAGGGUUAUAUAUUCCAUCCUGUAGUCUCCUCAGGGUUAUAUAUUCCAUCCUGUAGUCUCCUCAGGGUUAUAUAUUCCAUCCUGUAGUCUCCUCAGGGUUAUAUAUUCCAUCCUGUAGUCCCCUCAGGGUUAUAUAUUCCAUCCUGUAGUCUCCUCAGGGUUAUAUAUUCCAUCCUGUAGUCUCCUCAGGGUUAUAUAUUCCAUCCUGUAGUCUCCUCAGGGUUAUAUAUUCCAUCCUGUAGUCCCCUCAGGGUUAUAUAUUCCAUCCUGUAGUCUCCUCAGGGUUAUAUAUUCCACCCUGUAGUCUCCUCAGGGUUAUAUAUUCCAUCCUGUAGUCUCCUCAGGGUUAUAUAUUCCAUCCUGUAGUCUCCUCAGGGUUAUAUAUUCCAUCCUGUAGUCUCCUCAGGGUUAUAUAUUCCAUCCUCUAGUCUCCUCAGGGUUAUAUAUUCCAUCCUGUAGUCUCCUCAGGGUUAUAUAUUCCAUCCUGUAGUCUCCUCAGGGUUAUAUAUUCCAUCCUGUAGUCUCCUCAGGGUUAUAUAUUCCAUCCUGUAGUCCCCUCAGGGUUAUAUAUUCCAUCCUGUAGUCUCCUCAGGGUUAUAUAUUCCAUCCUGUAGUCUCCUCAGGGUUAUAUAUUCCAUCCUGUAGUCUCCUCAGGGUUAUAUAUUCCAUCCUGUAGUCUCCUCAUAGACAUACCAGUGGAGGCUGGUGACUUAAGACAUUGAGGAGGUAUAGGCGCGGAUCGCUCGGAGAUGACAAAAAAGCGUGUUUAAAAAAUCAUCAAAUACGAAUUAUUUUAACCUAAAGCAUUUAAUAAAGACAUUUAUAGUACAAUAUUAUGGGGAAUGUGAAUGAGAGGGCUACUUCCACAGUGUUGGGAAGGGAUCACAGCAGUGAUUGAAUGAGGGUAUGAGGGAUGAGUUGAGGUGUUCAGAGGCUUGACUUCAGUGCAGAACAGGUUCAUCAUGGAUGGAUGGUGUUGGAGACUAUAGAACAGGAUAUGAUGUUCAACUGGCUGAUAGAACAGGAUAUGAUGUUUAACUGGCUGAUAGAACAGGAUAUGAUGUCAUUUCCACACCCUCUUCUCCCUUUCCAUUCUUUCUUUGUGGUCUAUUUACUCCAUCUCUCUUUCUGUCUGACGCAGCAUUGGUUGACCGAGCUAGAGAUCUUUGCCAUGAUCUUUGCAGCAGCGGUUCACGACUACGAACACACUGGAACCACCAACACCUUCCACAUCCAGACCAGGUAAUAGAUUACUGAUCUAAUAGAUCCAGACCAGGUAAUAGAUGACUGAUCUAACUGAUCCAGACCAGGUAAUAGAUGACUGAUCUAACAGAUCCAGACCAGGUAAUAGAUGACUGAUCUAACUGAUCCAGACCAGGUAAUAGAUGACUGAUCUAACAGAUCCAGACCAAGUAAUAGAUUACUGAUCUAACUGAUCCAGACCAGGUAAUAGAUUACUGAUCUAACAGAUCCAGACCAGGUAAUAGAUGACUGAUCUAACAGAUCCAGACCAGGUAAUAGAUGACUGAUCUAACUGAUCCAGACCAGGUAAUAGAUUACUGAUCUAAUAGAUCCAGACCAGGUAAUAGAUGACUGAUCUAACAGAUCCAGACCAAGUAAUAGAUUACUGAUCUAACUGAUCCAGACCAGGUAAUAGAUUACUGAUCUAACAGAUCCAGACCAGGUAAUAGAUGACUGAUCUAACAGAUCCAGACCAGGUAAUAGAUGACUGAUCUAACUGAUCCAGACCAGGUAAUAGAUUACUGAUCUAACUGAUCCAGACCAGGUAAUAGAUGACUGAUCUAACAGAUCCAGACCAGGUAAUAGAUUACUGAUCUAACUGAUCCAGACCAGGUAAUAGAUGACUGAUCUAACAGAUCCAGACCAGGUAAUAGAUGACUGAUCUAACAGAUCCAGACCAGGUAAUAGAUGACUGAUCUAACUGAUCCAGACCAGGUAAUAGAUGACUGAUCUAACAGAUCCAGACCAGGUAAUAGAUUACUGAUCUAACUGAUCCAUUCCAGGUCUGAAUCAGUCCCUGAUUAGAAGGAGAGGAUGAAAUCCACACUGAGUUAAACAGAAAACUAAUUCAGUGUAUCUCAAUGGGAAAAAAUAUGUUAGCUGAAACUAUGAGCAUGUCUCCAGAUCAGACACAGCGAUCCUGUACAAUGACCGGUCAGUCUUAGAGAGCCACCAUGUCAGCGCAGCAUACCGCCUCCUACAGGACGAUGGUGAGAUCAACAUACUAUGCAACCUGUCUAACGACGACUGGAGGUGAGACAUUCAUAAAUUGUAAUAAACAUGUCAUAGGAGUAAUAGGAGUGUAAUAACAUGUCAUAGGAGUAAUAGGAGUGUAAUAACAUGUCAUAGGAGUAAUAGGAGUGUAAUAACAUGUCAUAGGAGUAAUAGGAGUGUAAUAACAUGUCAUAGGAGUAAUAGGAGUGUAAUAACAUGUCAUAGGAGUAAUAGGAGUGUAAUAACAUGUCAUAGGAGUAAUAGGAGUGUAAUAACAUGUCAUAGGAGUAAUAGGAGUGUAAUAACAUGUCAUAGGAGUAAUAGGAGUGUAAUAACAUGUCAUAGGAGUAAUAGGAGUGUAAUAACAUGUCAUAGGAGUAAUAGGAGUGUAAUAACAUGUCAUAGGAGUAAUAGGAGUGUAAUAACAUGUCAUAGGAGUAAUAAUAAUAAUAACAUGUUUCAAGUUUUAUUAGUUGUAAAGGAUAUUCUUGGUAUACAUCGUCCAAUGAAACGAUUACUUGCAGGUUCCUUCUCGACAAUGUCAAAUGUCUCCCCAGAGAGCUGAGGGGCCUAGUAGUAAAGAUGGUUCUGACAACAGACAUGUCCUGUUCCUCUCUCUAACCCUAACCUGUCUGUCUGUCUGUCUGUCUGUCUGUCUGUCUGUCUGUCUGUCUGUCUGUCUGUAGAGAGCUGAGGGGCCUAGUAGUACAGAUGGUUCUGGCAACAGACAUGUCCUGUCACUUCCAGCAGGUCAAACAUAUGAAGAACUUCCUCCAGCAACCAGAGGGGUGAGACUUAACAGCCUCCCGCUCCUCUAUAACCCUAACCUAACCCUAACCUAACCCUAACCUAACCCUAACCCUAACCCUCUAUAACUCUAUAUCUCCUCCCCCGUUCCUGUUCUCUCUGUCACCACUGUCCUGAUCCUCCAUUAGUUCCUGUUCUCUCCUCUGUCACCACUGUCCUGAUCCUCCAUUAGUUCCUGUAACCUUCAGUAGUGACUAGCGAUCAGUCAACAUCCUGUGUGUUGAGCUGCUGUAUGAAUACUGUGUCUGAGUGGGUCUCUAGCUGCCGUUGCCACGAGAACAAAGAGAGACAUUGAUGGAACUUAUUCACCUUGAACACACACACAGACACUCACCGAAACACACUCCACAGUAAAAAGUAAUUAUCUGAACCUCUCUUAAUGUGUGUGUGAGAUCCAGGGUUGUGAUUUGUCCCAUAUCUGUGAUGUAGAAUGAAACAUGCUGCCUUAGUGCCAACCACUGCUGCCCUGGGCAGGGUGCUGCAAUGAUGCACGCAGACAGACAGACAGACAGACAGAGAGAGAGAGAGAGAGAGAGAGAGAGAGAGAGAGAGAGAGAGAGAGAGAGAGAGAGUGGUAAUAUUCAAAAAGAUUCCCAAUCAGCAGAGUUCAGCAAUAAACAGUCCAAGUCGUGCCGGUGCAGCAGGCUGGCUGAACUCUGACCUUGUCAUUGUUACACCACAUACUGACUGACUGCUGUGAUUUCACGGAUUUACCCUUCUAUCUCUCUGUCUCCUACUCCAGGAUUGAUAAACCCAAAGCCCUGUAUAUGCUGCUAACUAUCUAACCGUGUGUGUGUGUGUGUGUGUGUGCCCACCAGGAUUGAUAAACCCAAAGCCCUCUCUCUGCUGCUUCAUACAGCUGAUAUCAGCCACCCAGCUAAGAAAUGGGACCUGCACCACCGCUGGACAGCAUCACUUCUGGAGGAGUUCUUCAGACAG